AUGAUAAUCUGAGCGAGGAUGACAUGAAUGAAUGCGAAAAGGAGGAUGCACUGGAAGGGGUGGAUAAUGAUGCGCAGCAGUCAGAGCAUGUGAAGAAGAAAAAGAAGAAAACUGAAGCAAACAUCCCUAUGAGGAAAAGGAAAAAAGGAGGCCUCAAACUAGAAGAAGAUGCCGUGGGUUGUUCAGCAGACCAACAGAAAGGUGAAGAUGGGCCAAAAGAAGAUAAUUUUGUAACGGCGUCAAAAGAGGACAAUGAAGAGAAACAGAAGAAGAAAGCAGAUGAUCUUUGGGCUAGUUUUUUGAGUGAUGUUGGCUCUCAACCCAAAGGAGCAGCUGCAAGUACGGGCUCUCAGCAGGUAACCAUCAACUCAAGAAAACGAUCAAAGUGA